AAUAAGAAGCCGAAUGUCAGCUGUUCAAUUUAGUUUCUUAGAUUUGUUUCAUGAUUGAGAUUUUCUCUUGUAAACAAUAAUUGAAUUCGCUAUUUAUUAAAAAAUCUUAUUCAAAUGAUAUUCAGUUGUAUAGUAUAGACAAAAAUGGAUAAAAACGAUGGUUCUCAACUCACAGAGUUUCCGCGCUUUGAAUCUGAAUCUAAUCAGAGUGGCGUAACAAUGUUUUUUAAUAAACUAUGGAAAUUACCCUUAUUUUCUCCAAACGAAACUGAUGAGCACCCGGAAAGUAAGAUAUCGAGCGAUGAUAAAUAUACUCAGCUCGAGGAUCCUAGUAAGAAAGAAGUUGAUGUAAAUAAUGAUCCUUCAUGCAGCCAGACAACUGAUAGUGGGCGCAAUGUUAUGAGAAAAAUUAGUGUUUUCAGUUCCGGGAGUGGCACUCGAUAUGCUGACACAGAUCUAGCAAGAUACUGGAUGCCAGAUGAUAUAUCACGGGAAUGUUAUGAAUGUGCAGCACGUUUUGGAGCAUUACGUCGUAGACAUCAUUGUAGAGUAUGUGGACAGAUAUUUUGUUCAAGAUGUUGCAGUCAACGUGUGCCAGGCCAAAUUUUUGGGUGUGCUGGUGAUUUGCGUGUUUGUACAUAUUGCUGUAAUGUAGUAUUGAGCUAUCUACGUGAAAAUGACAUCACUGGUGAAAUAUAUCCUGACUUGAGAAUGUUACAGGAAAACCUUCAGACAAAAUUUCCUGAGAAGAAAUCAAACUCAACAUCAAAUAGAGACUUUAUGUUUGCCCACGAGCAAGAGAAUUGUGAAGUGAGAAAUUCAACUAAAGAUAUACAUGAUAUCUACAGACAGUUAUCAUUUUCACUGCCAACUCAACAUCAUAGAUAUCGUUUAGUGAGAUAUAGCAACGUAUGGCGAGGAUGUGACAUCAUACAAUGGGUUAUGGAAAACACUCCAAAUAAAACCAGGGCCCAGGCGUCAAUGUUCUGUCAGAGUCUCUUACAACAAGGGUAUAUGGAGCAAGUGACCGAUCCACCGCAUUUCGCUGAUUAUGGCCUCUACAGACCCCUGAAUUUGGUCUGCACCGAACCUGACGUCACAACUGAUGAGAACAAUGAAGAAACCGAAACGACCAGAUUGGUUGAAAGUGUGUCUUCAUAUUGUCUAGAUCUGAAUCUAGGCGAUAGUUCAGCGCGACUCAUAAAGUCUACAAAAAGAGAACCGGCAGUUGAGACACCAGAAGAGGAUCCAUUGGUUAUAGAAAACGAUGAUAGUAGCGAAGUGCGGCCUAUAUGUAAAGCGAUAGAGGAAUCAGGGGUGGAACAUAUAAAACUGCUACUUCGCCAAUGCCUCGCGCGACAGGCACUAUGUUCUAGUUGGGCUGAUGUGUUGUAUCCGCUCUGUGUACACGCUGCUAAUAUUACUGCACCAGAUCUCAUGGGCGCUGACUUAGAUGUACGUAACUAUGUCCAAGUGAAGAAAGUUCCCGGUGGGGAGAAACGAGACAGUGUGGUUGUGCCUGGCGUUGUUAUAUCCAAGAAUGUUGUGCAUAGAGCAAUGCCUCGGCAGAUAACAAACCCCACUGUAUUACUCCUUGACUGUUCAAUCGCGUACCAACGGGUUGAGGGGAAACUAACCUCCUUGGAGCCUGUUCUAAUGCAGGAACAAGAAUAUUUAGUACGAUGUGCCGCGCGAAUAUCUGCGCUGCGUCCGCGCGUAGUGCUCGUUAAGGGGGGCGUGGCACGCGGCGUACAGGAUGCGUUGAGGGAACAGGGUGUAGCUCUGGCAAUAGGAGUGCGCGAUAGAGCAUUACGCCGUGUUUCGCGGUGCGCACGCGCAGAUCUUGUCGCGUCUAUUGACGCACGCAUCGGCAUGCCCAAACUUGGUACUUGUAAGAAUUUUAGUAUCAAAAAUUAUUCUAGUAAAACCUUAAUGGUUCUAGAAGGCUGUGCCGAACCUAAUUUGGGAUGCUGUAUUUUACUACGAGGCGGCACUCAGCAAGAACUAACACGUCUUAAAAAAGUAGCGAAAUUCAUCCUUCUUGCGUGCUAUAACUGGAAAUUGGAAAAAGCCUUCUUAGGGGACAUUGAAGCUGUACUGCCAGAACCAGGCAUGAGUUUUAUAGAAGAGUCAAUCGAAACCAAAACUGCUGAAAAAGACGUCGAAGUUGGUGAAGCUGUUUUGGAAAGGAUUAAAACAAAUGAAUCCGAUGAUAGUGAUAUUUUUGAUGGGAAAAUUAAUUACGAAGUUGAAGAAAGUAAAGAGGUGGAUUCAUGUGAUUUAAAAGAUGAAGAAAAUGAAAAAACAAAUGAAUCUGAAGCAAAAAUUGAAGUUAAAGAAAUUGAGGAUCCGCUGAAGAAACAAUAUCGUAAAAUGGAUAGUGAUAAGAAUCUUAGUUGUGGCGUUCCAAUUAAGGAUUUCAGUGAUCCGCUCAGGUCUACUGUGUCGAUGGAGGAUGAUGUCUUUCUACCUGUCGAGGCUGAGUUAAAGGCUGAUACGAAGGCUGAAAGGUGGUGUACCGAUGACGUAGUGCUGUCGAUGUCGCCUAACAUCGUGAUUCCUGCCCCGCCUAGGCCCAUUCGGCCCCAACCACCCCAUACCCCACGGGAAUUGAGGCACCACGUGGAUUCAAAACCGGUGGAAACACAGCUCAAGGAGCCCCACCCUUUCGUGAAGACAGCGAUAACAGCACCGGCCGAUGAUUUGUCCGUAAAACGAAUGCUUGCUAACUUCAGAGCGACUGGUUGCCGGCUUGUUGCUGAUAAACAUAAACCGGAAUGUCCGCAAUACAAUCCAUCGGUUGUUAAGCCGGUACUGAGAGAGGUAGAGACAAACAAAAAGAAGGAGUCUUUGGACCCCUUGGACCCAGAAAACCAUCAGAGACUGAGUUUAUUGUUAUACAGUUAUUGCAAUAAGUCUCCUAAUGUUCCAGACUUUUGUGUAAAUCCCUGGAUAGUGACGAUGGAGAUGUACGGUCGGCACGAUAUAUCUUUGGGCGCGUUUUUAGAGAAGUACUGCUUCAACCCAGACCACAAAUGUCCAUCACCCAACUGUCAUGUGCCCAUGAACCAGCAUAUACGCAGAUUCGUCCACGGCGACGUCUGUAUAACGAUCACAUGCAACACGAUUGGUCACAGCAAUGUGGACAAAACCAAGGAGGAUCAAAAUAAGCAGGUAAUGUUCUGGUCCCGUUGUGAAGCGUGCGGGAUAAUAUCCCGUGGCGUGCCUCUAUCCCGGUCUGCAUUAGGGCUGUCUCUGGCCCAGUACGUGCGACAGCGCGUCGCGGCACCGCGCUACGGACGCAAGUUGUGCGCGCACCCGCUGAACAAACAUUCGCAUGCGUUCGUUACUCGACUUACUACUGCUUGUUUCAGGUACAAUAAGAUAAAAACAUACGAUAUCCAACUGCCACCAGACGUGAUUUCGAUCGACUAUGACACAAAAGUGAUGCGGGACUCGCUGAUAGCGCAUUUAAACGAACUUAUGCUUAAAGGCCAUGAAACAUUAAGCGUUGGUGAUGGUGACGCAGAGCGUGAAUACAGCGUGUUCAAACAACACAUGGAACAAAUCCACUUAGCGCUUACUGCGCCUGCGCAUCCUAACACAUCUCUCACUGAAGUGGUUCGUCGUCUUUGGAAUGUGUAUGAUAACAUAAUAACUGGAGAGAAGAUGUUACGGGACGCACAGGAGAAAUUAUCGCCCAAUACUAAGAAUAAAGUUAUUAUGGAGUCUAAUGUGGAAGAUAGAACUGAUUCGGAGGAUUCUGCCGGCGACUCGUCGAAUGAAAUUAAUUUGGAUACAAAUUUAGAAAAGGAUCAUGUUGGUACAGAAGAAGAGGAAGAAAGAGGUGAUAAGAAGACAGUUAAACAGAUAUUGUCUCAACUCCUCACAAACAAUCAGCCGUCGAAUCAGACGGGUAUGAUAAUUUCGAGCGGAGUGUUGCCAGUGUUGGUGAAAGCGGGAGAAAUUGGAUCAGUGAUUGCGGCAACACUGGCUUCUGUGACAUACCAGCUUAGCUUGCAGCAACACAAACAGAGACAUAGUACUCAGUCGGAGCUAGAAGAUGAUUUAACAUCGAGUAAAGACAAAGUUGAUGGGGACAAAGCUAAAGCGAAGUCCAAUGACCAUAUCGAAGUGUUGUUAAAGGAUGGUUUAAUAUGUCGCGUGUAUUACGCAGUACAAUUUCACAAAUUACGACACAUGCUAUUGGCUAAUAUAAGCGGGGAAAGAGCGGAGUCAGGGGACGAAAGCAAGUGCUGUGACCCGCUUAGAAGAGAAGAGAAGGAAACUAAAGGUGUGUGUGAAAUAGAAGAGGGAUUUAUCCGUUCCCUGGCGCAUUGUGUGCCCUGGGCCACCAGGGGAGGGAAGUCGGGUUCUACCUUCUGCAAAACUAAAGACGACAGAUACGUACUAAAAGAGAUGACGAAACCAGAAUGGCAGCAAUUCUUAGAGUUUGCGCCGCAUUACUUCAAUUACGUCACUACUUGUCGGGCGAAUGGAUCGUCCAGUUUGCUUGCCCGCAUCUUGGGCGUGUUCAGCGUGGGCGGAGCGGGAAGCGGCGUACUGGUCAUAGAACACGUCUGGUACGGACCCACAAGAGGGGAUAUGUUGCGGUUCGACCUUAAAGGCGCCGCUCGUCACAGAUUAGCGACGGGAGCUGCUUCGAUGCCGCCGAAUCAAGCCGUCCUUGUCGAUGAUAAUCUUCUUGCACUGCGUUGGGACCGUCAGUUGUACGUCGAGUCGAGUACGGGGAGUAAGCUUUGGGCGAGUUUGGAGCGGGACACAUCAUUUUUGGCGCAGCAUCACGUGAUGGAUUACUCCCUUCUGUUGGGAAUACAGGAUGACACACUCGUGCUAGGAAUAAUCGAUUACAUCCGAACAUUUACAUGGGAUAAAAAGUUAGAACAUCUAGUUAAAAAGAACUUGGGUUCCGGUCAGCCUACAGUGGUGUCACCGGAACAGUACAAACGAAGAUUUUGUGCCGCAGCGAGGAAAUACUUUCUGCAAUGCCCGGAACACUGGCAUCAGAUGAAUACGAAAGAUGUCUAGUUGCUAAUAAAUCACGGAUUAA